AUGGUCCCCGCGCCGAGUUGCGCGUUAACGUGGGACUACUGGACAUCCUCGACGUCCGAUAAUGUCGAGCUGAUAUGCCUGAUGCCCAACUCCGUAUUUAUUCCACUCACAGUUAGCUGGGAUGCUACUUUGCAGGAUGUCAAGGAGGAAUUAUGGGAUUUGGCAGUGAAGUUCCCACUGUUUGGGAUGCUUCAUGAGAUGUCAGGUUAUGUAUUCCACUUUAUCAACUCUUUAGCUGUUUAUGAAGAAGUAGAUGAUGAGAAUAAACGCCUUCGUGAUAUUAAACCUGUCUGUGGAGUACUUGUUAUUAUUGAAAGAUCUAUUGAGAGGCCUGGGGAACAUUUGUUAAACACACACAUCAGUAAUCUGAUUGGGAAAGGCUUGAAUGAAUUUGAAAAUUUAAGAAGUUCAGAGGUCAAUGACUAUCGAAUGCGAAUGCGAUAUCUUGCCGAAGAAAGUAUGAAUAAAAGGGCAUUAAGCACGAGGUUGGAGCGGCUACGAUACAGGUGUCCACCAAGACUUGCUGAUAGCCCUUCUGUGCCAACAACCCUUAUAAGUCAUUUGAAUAAUAAUUGUUUUAUUCUUGUCACAAAAGUGGCCAAUACAGAGGUAAGUUUUUUC